AUGAUGCAAACCACUGCCGACAGCACCUGCCCGGCAGAGAUGGGGCGUCAAGCGGAAGUGGAGCUGACAGCCCCCGCUCCGCUCAAGACGCUCGUGGAGGCAUCAGAUGGUUCCACGCCAGCGAAAAACCCGGAACAGACUCCAGAUCUGGGAGCGAGAGAGCAACAAGUGUCUGCGGAGUCACAGACGUGGGCUUUCAGGCACUAA